UGAAGCUUACGUGGUGAAGUUAGUUGGUUAGCCACAAGCUAGCACGACAGAGAGAGCACAUAUAUAUGUAACGCUAUGUAGGAUAUUCCUGAGGAAACAUUUGUGUUAAUCUUGAAUUUCCAGUACUAUAAACGGCAGUGCUUUCAAAGUUUAUGGAGUUGUCGCGAGUCAAGACAGCAGUCAGGGACGCCAGGAUGAUACCGUAAUAUCUAGUGGACAUAACCCAUUAAGUGGUAUGAAGACCUUAAAGCUUCUCAAGAUAAUACUGGACACGAUUGGAUAGACAGUCAAAUAAUAACUUCAAAUACGCAUACAUAAGCUGUAGACUUCAGAGAUGUUUGCGAAGUUGAAGAAGAAGCUGGCAGAGGAAGCAGCCACUGCCCCUCGUACCGGUCGCAUCCCUCGCUCCAUGAGCAAAGAAUCCAUCACUUCUGUGGGAGCAGAUUCAGGAGAUGACUUUGCAUCAGAUGGUAGCAGUUCCAGAGAUGAUGUUUCGUCUCAAAUCCAACGCAGGAAUGAUCAGAUACGAAAGCUGGAGGCUAAACUCUCAGACUACGCUGAGCAGCUUCGGCUAAUGCAGAAGACCAAGGAGAAGCUUGAGAUUGCAUUAGAGAAGUAUCAGGAUUCAUCCAUGCGGAAACUUCAGGACCAGAACGAAGCUUACCAGUCUAACAGAGCCAAGAUGGCUGAAGGCAUGGCUUUAGCAUUAGAGAAGAAGGACCAGGAGUGGAUGGAAAAGAUUGCUUCGCUGGAGCAGGAGAAGGCAUCGCUGACCGCUCGACUUGAAGAGAUGACUGAGCAGAGCUUAAGUCUGUUUCAGAAAAGAGAUGACCUGGAUGAACUGGAGGGCUUUCAACAGCAAGAACUGGCCAAAGUCAAACACAUGUUGCUGAGGCGAGAGGAACAGCUGAGUCAGAGAGAGAAAGAGGUGAAAUUAAGAGGAGAUGAGCUAAACACAGCCAGACUGAAACUGAGUCAAACCCAAGACAAACUGUAUGAGCUGAGUGAGGAACACGAGGAGACCUGUCAGCUCAACACUCAGCUGCAGGCCCAAAGGGCUGAGUUGCUGAGUGAAAAAGCAGAGGCAGAGAAGAGGAUUGUGGAUCUGGAGAAGAGAGAGCAGGAAUUACAGCAGCUGAUCCAACAGGUGUCAGAGGAUUUUCAGAAGGCACAGAGUAAGGUAAAAUCCCUAGAGAAGUCAAUGGAGCAUCUUCAGAAUGAACAUCAUCAACUAAAGCUACAGCAUGAGCAACACAAAAACAAGGCUGCGGUGACUGAGGAGGAACGAGAGUCUGUAUUGGCUCAUUUGCAGGAAAAGGCUGCCUCUUUGGAGAGGAGACUAGAAGCUAACUUUUCCCAGGACGAGCACCUACUGGAACUUCUCAAAGAGAAGUCUGCAUUAGAGCAGAGGUUAGAAGAGGCCAGAGGAGAGCUACUGCAGGAGAGAACCAAUCACAGCACAGCAGUCAGCUCGCUGCAUGCACAGAUGUCUCGUCUGAAUGCUAACAUCACAGAUCUCCAGACUCUGCUCAAGCACAAAGACGACUCAUCCAAGGCUUACAGGGAAAGAACAGACGCACAGAUAUCAGAUUUGGAGGAAAGGCUGGUUCACACCUCUGAUGAGAUAAAAACUUUGGAACAGAACCUUGCAGACAACGAAUCACACACAGGAAAACUGCAGGCGGAGUGGGCAGAGGAGCGGGAGAGACUCCAGCAGCAGGUCUCAACACAGCGACAGAGAGGUCUGGAGAAGACAGCCAAACUCGAGGAACAAAUUCUUGCACUACAAAGGGAGAAAGAAGAAGAGACCAACAAACAUCAGGACAGUGUGCGGUUACUAGAGGAAGAAAAGGUUUCACUGGUGAAGAGCAAAGCUGAGAUGGACAGCACUGUUGAGAGACUGACCGUAGAACUGGAACAGUCCAGAGCAGAGUUGAGUAGCAGACAGACGGUGAGUGUUGAAAUCGCCAAAGCUCUGGAAGAAACGCGAAAACAGAGGGAGGAGCUUCAGCAACAGGUCAGUAAAAUGACAGAAUCCCUCGAGAAGGCGGAGCAGGAAGUGAGUCAGCUCUCUAAAACAUUAGGGGAGAAGGAGGAGGAGCUAAGUGUCCUGAAGGAAGAGCUGCAGGCCGCCCGUAGCGGUUUGUCCUCUCUGCAAGCCGAGUGCGAGUCUCAUCGUCUGGAGGCCGAGGAGAGAGAGCGAGACCUCGGCUCUCAGCUGACGUCACUGCAGCAGGAAGUCAUCACAAAAACACAACAGCUCGCCUCUUACCAGUCACGGGUGUCUGACCUGGAGGAUGAGGUGUCGAGUUUAACAACACAGUCUCAUGCAGACGAGUGCGAUGGUGAACAGAACGGGACGGUUACUGUAAAUGAUCUCGAUCAGCUACAGAAGGUCAACAAAGACCUGGAACAACAGGUGGCUGAGAAGAACAAGACGAUAAAACAGCUACAGCAGAGGCUUGUUGAGCUGAAGAGGACAUUGCAGAAAGAGCUGAAACUGAAACCAGACCCUGAUGCCGAGUCAAAGGAGAGACUCCAGGACAAAUCGGCUGAUAAGAGCGUCUCAGAGAUGGCCACCCCGGCCACAGCUCAGGCUCCAGCCCCGGGCCCACCGCCUAUCACCUCCAACACCACAGUCAUCAACAGUUCAGACCUCACUGACACACGGGAGAUCAACUUUGAUUAUCUCAAACAUGUUGUGCUGAAGUUCAUGUCAUCCAGAGAGGCAGAAGCCUUCCAGCUCAUCAGAGCCGUUUCUGUUCUUCUACAUUUUACAGAAGAAGAGGAAGACAUGCUCAAACAGACACUGGAGUACAAGAUGUCGUGGUUUGGUUCCAAGCCCACGCCCAAAGGCAUCAUACGACCUUUCAUCUCAGGAACCUCAAGCUGGAGCUGAGAGACAGACAGAGAAACAAGGAACCAGUGGAUAAUUUUUACAAAAAAGAAGAAGUGAUCACUAUAAAGGAAACAGUUGCUGACACUGCGGUUUCAAUCUCUGCCACAAUGUAGCUCUGAAAUUCCCUUUGAACAAAGGGAGACUAAAACAGUCCAGUUUCACCACAAAACUUUAGCAGGGAUUGCAACAAAAAAUACUUUAUGGCUGUCAUCUUUUUCUGAAUGGGAAGUUUCAUUCUUUUUAAUUAUAAUUGAUAAAGGAUGUUGUGGGAUUAUCUGUGUCACUCAUGUGGUUUAAAUGAAGCAUCAGAAAUAUGAGGAAUUUUUGGAUGUUUGCUUUCAAAAAAUUAACAACGAUUUUCCAACAUCCUUCCAAUGGAAUACAGCUGUAAUUUUUUAUUUGCAACACUUAUUUGAAGCAUAUAUGCUGCUCCGUAUUGCUGGUGUACGUAACCAGAUGAUAAAUCUGCCCGUUAAUCCAGUGCUUGAUUUUAGAGGAAAUCGUGAAGAUUGGGAUGUCAUGAGAUAUACUGUUAUGAUGUUGAAGCAUCUUAAUCUGCCUUGUUUGUGUAAAUUGAAAUGGCAUACAUUCCCUACAAGUAUUUAUAUAUGAAUACAUGUGUAUAUAUAUGAUAAGAUUUAUAAAUCAGACAAUAAGUGGAGAUAUGAGUUAUUUUACUUCAUUUUCAUGUUCACUGUUUAUCAUGCAUUGGUCUUCACAAUGUGAGCGAUUCACAUAGAGGCAUAUAUGCACAGACUGUAGAGUUGAGCAUGCCUUAUAUUGAAAGCUUUGAUUAUAUUUAAUCUUCUGAGUGUUUACUAAACAUCUCAGUGCACUUGAAGCCUUAACAUUCAAGGCUAAAUGCUAACAACUGCAUUAAUACUAUCAUGAGAAUCAAAAGUCAGAAAUAUCUUUAGUUGUACCUGUGAAGACUGAAGUGGUUUUCAGUCGAUGGCAGUGUUUUGCUGACAGAACAAGAUCUAAUUUUGUGUGUUUUAACACUUUUAAGAACGAUCAGCACUAAAGCGUCUGAAUGACAAGACAGCAGCUUUUGGUGGGGGGGGGGAUUGGAACAGAACCUUAAAUAUAUUUGAAACAUUAGUAUAUCAGACUCAGUUGUGGGAGGAUAGGUUUCAUAUUUCCAGAAAAUGAAACCCUAAGACUUUGUUUUCAUUUUACUUCUAAAGGCUUGAAUUGGUUCCUGGUUUCUCGCCGGGCUCCCCAUGAAACGAUAUUUAAUACUGAUUCAGGAACUGUUUUAUCUUUUUUUGGAACUUUGUUUUGAACCCAGUUGGUAGUUUGUACCCUAUUCCCUUGGAGAGUGUGGAUAAAUAUAUCCUCCGUUUCAGACCAUCAUAUGAAUCAGAUGUCUUGUGAAGGAUCCAUCUGUUUGCAACUGAAGAUAUGCACUUUUGUACAACCAAAUCCAUGUUUUAUUUGAUGUUAUGAUGCUGUAGCCUUCUCUACAGCAACUUUCACCUCUGGUUUCAGUUAAAAACCACUACAUUUAAUUGAUUUCACUCCAUGGUAUGUCAAAAAAAAUAAAAUCUUUCUCAGUAACUUGUCAACACAUGCU